CUGUUCAGUGCUGUUCAGUGCUAUUCAACGGCUAUAUUGUGUACGGCUUUGAAAAGUGUGCACCACUUGUGCCGCCGGUUCUGUAUUGUUAGGCAUUGUUUCAAUGGUUCGCGCAAUAAGUGUUGGCAAUUGUUGAGGGAUACGCCACCAGAGAGUGGUUGUGAAGGCUGUGAUUGGCUGUGCAUUAGUGGCGCUCAACACAAACACAGUGUUAUGCGUGAAAAUGAGCGCCAAUACAGCGAUGGGGUGACAGUCACUACUGGGAGCGGCUGUUGCGCCAAACAGCGAGCACUCCCUCCGAGUGUUGAGUUUUACGCGCUUUUGGCGAUUGCCGGCGGAAAAGCGGGAAAAGAUUCGGGAAAAGCGAAGGCAAAGGCCGUGAGCCGAUCGGCCAGAGCUGGACUUCAGUUCCCAGUCGGACGUAUUCACCGUCAUCUGAAGAAUCGGACGACAUCUCACGGUCGUGUGGGCGCCACCGCUUUUAAAACAAAUAUUUUUAACUACCUUCAAAUUGACUUCUGUUUGCCGAAAGUA